CGGGUUGGGCCGUGUCGCCUGCGCACCGGCCGUUGGGCUCCCAGCGCGGACCCGGGGGUUUGUUUACGUCCGGGCGGGCGCCCCGGGGCCACCCGCAGACCCCCGCAGCCGCCCCGCUCUUUUGUGUGCCUGCUUUAGUGGCGCGGACCAACCCCUUCGCGGCCAAGCACCGGGGUAGCGGCGCUUUGGGGAAACUUGCGAGGGGCGGCCCGCUCGCGGAGCCGCGGGUCAGGGCGCCUGGGAGCUCCCGGCGGGCGCCGGUGCGGGCGCGGGUUGGGGGCUGCAACUUUCCCCGAGCGCAGGUCCAGCGCCGCUUCCCGGCGAGCCGUCUGCCUAAGAGGGGGGCGCCUCCUCCCCGCCGCCUGUCUCGGCAGCCCUCGCCCCGGGCCCAGGGGGCUCCCGCGUACCCCAGUGACCCGCCCGCUCCCCUCUGGCCCUCUCCUCCGGGCCCCUGCCUUCCCAGCAGGGUCUGAGGGCUCGAUGGAGCAGGCGGCGGGUCCGCUUCGAAAUGCCUUGUCGGGUCGGGUUCUGGAAAGCAAAGCCCUAGGGGCCCCGCCGGACUGUGGCGUGCCGGACUGUGGUCCCCGCGCCGAACCCCAGGCGCCGCUGGGGGAUCGUGUCAGGGUUCCCCAUCCAGCGCCUGAGCCGCCGCCGUGCGCAGGGGGCACGUUCUUGCCUGCCACCUUCCACCCAGAGGAGCGGUGCGCCCUCGGGGUCCAGCCCGAAUCUGCGAGCUCCGCGCUCGCGGCGCUUGGACAGCCUCGGGACUCGGCCAGGUGGAUGUUGUGCGUAGCCGAAGCCAAGUUGAAGAGGGAACUCGAUGCCACCGCAACAGUAUUGGCGAAUCGGCAAGAUGAAAGCGAGCAGUCUCGAAAGCGGCUCAUCGAACAGAGCCGAGAGUUCAAGAAGAACACUCCAGAGGAUUUGCGCAAGCAGGUAGCGCCGCUGCUGAAGAGCUUCCAAGGGGAGAUUGAUGCGCUGAGUAAAAGAAGCAAAGAGGCUGAGGCGGCCUUCUUGAAUGUCUACAAAAGAUUGAUCGAUGUUCCAGAUCCCGUACCAGCCCUGGACCUCGGGCAGCAGCUCCAGCUCAAAGUGCAGCGCCUGCACGACAUCGAAACGGAGAACCAGAAACUUAGGGAAACUCUCGAAGAAUACAACAAGGAAUUUGCUGAAGUGAAAAAUCAAGAGGUUACGAUAAAAGCACUUAAAGAGAAAAUCCGAGAAUAUGAACAGACUCUGAAGAACCAAGCCGAGACUAUAGCUCUCGAAAAGGAACAAAAGUUACAAAAUGAUUUUGCAGAAAAGGAGAGAAAGCUGCAAGAGACACAGAUUUCUACCACCUCAAAGCUGGAGGAAGCAGAACAUAAAGUUCAGACUCUUCAAACAGCCCUGGAAAAAACUCGAACAGAAUUAUUUGACCUGAAAACCAAAUAUGAUGAAGAAAUUACUGCCAAGGCCGACGAAAUUGAAAUGAUCAUGACGGACCUUGAAAGAGCAAACCAGAGGGCAGAGGUGGCUCAGAGAGAGGCGGAGACCUUACGGGAGCAGCUCUCGUCAGCCAACCACUCUCUCCAGCUGGCCUCGCAGAUCCAGAAGGCGCCAGACGUGGCUAUCGAGGUGCUGACCCGCUCCAGCCUGGAAGCUGAGUUAGCCGCCAAAGAGCGGGAGAUCGCCCAGCUGCUGGAGGACGUGCAGAGACUUCAGGCCAGCCUCACCAAGCUGCGGGAGAACUCAGCCAGCCACAUCUCCCAGCUCGAGCAGCAGCUCAGUGCCAAGGACAGCACGCUCAAACAACUGGAAGAAAAACUCAAAGGACAGGCUGACUAUGAAGAGGUGAAGAAAGAACUAAAUAUUCUGAAAUCCAUGGAGUUUGCACCGUCCGAGGGAGCUGGGACACAGGACGCAUCCAAGCCCCUGGAGGUGCUGCUGCUGGAGAAGAGCCGCUCGCUGCAGUCCGAGAACACCGCCCUGCGCAUCUCCAACAGCGACCUGAGCGGGUCAGCCAGGAGAAAAGGGAAAGACCAGCCUGAGAGUCGGCGUCCUGGACCUUUGCCGGCCCCCCCUCCUUCUCAGUUGCCCCGCAACACGGGGGAGCAGGCUUCCAAUACUAAUGGUACACACCAGUUCUCACCAGCGGGGUUAACUCAAGACUUUUUCAGCUCAUCCCUGGCAAGCCCCAGCCUACCCUUGGCUUCUACGGGAAAAUUUGCACUAAACUCUCUCCUCCAACGACAGCUAAUGCAGUCCUUCUACUCCAAGGCCAUGCAGGAAGCAGGAAGCACAAGCAUGAUUUUUUCAACAGGUCCAUACAGCACAAACUCCAUAUCUUCCCAAAGUCCAUUACAACAAAGCCCAGAUGUAAAUGGCAUGGCCCCAUCUCCCAGCCAGUCAGAAAGUGCUGGGAGCGUCUCCGAGGGCGAGGAGAUAGACACUGCAGAAAUCGCCCGGCAGGUGAAAGAGCAGUUGAUCAAGCACAAUAUUGGACAGCGCAUUUUCGGACAUUAUGUCUUGGGACUGUCUCAAGGGUCUGUGAGCGAGAUUCUGGCCCGGCCCAAACCAUGGAAUAAACUGACCGUUCGCGGCAAGGAGCCUUUCCACAAGAUGAAACAGUUCCUCUCCGACGAGCAGAACAUCUUGGCUCUUCGCAGCAUCCAAGGCAGACAAAGAGAGAAUCCAGGCCAGAGCCUGAACAGACUAUUUCAGGAAGUACCGAAACGAAGAAAUGGGUCUGAAGGUAACAUCACUACCCGGAUCCGAGCCUCCGAGACCGGGUCCGAUGAAGCAAUCAAGUCCAUCCUGGAACAAGCCAAAAGGGAGCUGCAAGUGCAGAAAACUGCAGAGCCGGCCCAGCCUUCCUCCGCGUCCAGCAGCGGGAACUCCGACGACGCCAUCCGCUCCAUCCUGCAGCAAGCCCGCCGAGAAAUGGAAAUGGCCCAGCAGGCCGCCCUCGACCCUGCCUUAAAACAAACGCCACUGUCACAGACUGACAUUGCCAUCCUGACCCCCAAGUUAAUAUCCACCUCACCCAUGUCCUCGGUGUCCAGCUACUCUCCUCUAGCCAUCUCCUUGAAGAAGCCCCCCUCCGCCCCCGAUUCCAGCACCUCCGCAAUGCCCAACCCCCCGGCCCUCAAAAAGGAGUCCCAGGAUGCACCUGGGCUGGACCUCCAGGGAGCGGCCGACUCUGCACAGGGCGUCCUACGGCACGUGAAGAACGAGCUGGGCCGCAGCGGUGGCUGGAAGGACCACUGGUGGAGCACCGUGCAGCCAGAGCGAAAGAGCAGCGCUCCUUCUGAGGAAACCAAGGUCGAAGAAGCCAGCGGUGGGAAAGAAAAAGGCGGCGGCAGCCAGGCGCGGGCCGAGCGCGGCCAGCUCCAGGGACCCUCCUCCUCCGAGUACUGGAAAGAGUGGCCCAGCGCCGAGUCACCGUACUCCCAGAGCUCGGAGCUGAGCCUGACCGGAGCCAGCCGCAGCGACACACCCCAGAACAGCCCUCUGCCAUCCUCCCCAAUCGUGCCCCUGUCGAAGCCCACCAAGCCCUCCGUCCCUCCACUGACCCCCGAGCAGUAUGAGAUCUACAUGUACCAGGAGGUGGACACCAUCGAGCUCACCCGACAGGUGAAAGAGAAGCUGGCCAAGAAUGGCAUUUGUCAAAGGAUCUUCGGGGAGAAGGUGCUGGGCCUGUCUCAGGGCAGCGUCAGUGACAUGCUGUCCCGGCCGAAGCCAUGGAGCAAGCUGACCCAGAAAGGCCGCGAACCCUUCAUCCGGAUGCAGCUCUGGCUCAACGGCGAGCUGGGCCAGGGCAUCCUGCCGGUCCAGGGACAGCAGCAGGGGCCAGUCCUCCAUUCUGUGACGUCACUACAGGACCCCCUGCAGCAGGGCUGUGUGAGCUCAGAAAGCACGCCAAAGACCUCUGCCAGCUGCAGCCCUGCACCUGAAUCACCCAUGAGCUCUAGCGAAUCGGUGAAGAGUUUGACGGAACUGGUCCAGCAGCCCUGCCCCCCCAUUGAAACAAGUAAGGACGGCAAAGCACCCGAGCCCAGCGACCCACCUGCUUCGGACUCCCAGCCCACCACCCCACUGCCUCUCUCCGGACACUCGGCCCUCAGCAUUCAGGAGCUGGUAGCCAUGUCUCCAGAGCUGGACACGUACGGCAUCACCAAGAGGGUCAAGGAGGUGCUGACCGACAACAACCUCGGUCAGCGCUUAUUUGGGGAGACCAUCCUAGGGCUCACCCAAGGCUCUGUCUCCGACCUCCUUGCUCGCCCAAAGCCCUGGCACAAGCUCAGUCUCAAAGGACGGGAACCCUUUGUUCGAAUGCAGCUGUGGUUGAAUGAUCCCAACAACGUGGAGAAGCUGAUGGACAUGAAACGGAUGGAAAAGAAAGCCUACAUGAAGCGGCGGCACAGCUCAGUCAGCGACAGCCAGCCCUGUGAGCCCCCAUCUGUUGGCAUUGACUACAGCCAAGGCGCCAGCCCCCAGCCCCAGCACCAGCUGAAGAAACCCCGAGUGGUGCUGGCUCCUGAAGAGAAAGAAGCUCUGAAACGAGCAUAUCAGCAAAAGCCAUACCCGUCACCAAAAACCAUCGAAGAACUCGCCACCCAGCUCAACUUGAAAACCAGCACUGUCAUCAACUGGUUCCACAAUUACAGGUCUCGGAUCCGUAGAGAACUGUUCAUUGAGGAGAUUCAGGCCGGGAGCCAGGGCCAGGCCGGGGCCAGUGACUCCCCCACAGCCCGAAGCAGCCGGCCAGCGCCCAGCUCGGAGGGUGACAGCUGCGACGGCGUGGAGGCUGCCGAGGGGCCGAGCGCCGGGGACAUCGAGGAGUCUGGCGGCCCUGCAGCCGCCACCAAGUCUCAGGGAGGGCCAGCCGAGGCGGCCACGGCCCCGGAGGAGCGGGAGGAGGCGCCGCGGCCAGCGGAGAAGGCGGAGCCGCUGCCCUUGGGGACCGUGGCCUCGGACGACGCUGACGAAGAGGGCCGACCCCGGGUGCCACCGCCACCACUGCCCGAGGGUCCCGCGGAGGGCCCGGGGCCCAUGCCAAACCCCGCCGCCACGCCCGCGGCCAGGGAGGACGCCGCUACCUCAGCCGCCCCCCCGGGGGAGGGCCCCUGCAGGGCCCGGGACGGCGCCGACAGGAGUUCCGCUUUGCCAAGCACCAGCGCGCCGGCGGCCGCCCGCAGGCCCAGCUCCCUGCAGAGCCUCUUCGGCCUCCCCGAGGCGGCGGGCGCCAGGGACUCGCGAGACAACCCCUUGAGGAAGAAGAAGGCCGCGAACUUGAACAGCAUAAUCCACCGCCUGGAGAAGGCUGCCAGCCGGGAGGAGCCCAUCGAAUGGGAGUUCUGAGAGGCGCCGCCCGCCCAUCUGGCCAGGCCGAGCCGAGUCCAGUCUGGCCGAGCCGGGCCGGCCGGGCAGGGGGCGGGCGCCGACUCCGCGGCCUGGACCGUGUUGCGCACUUACCGCCCUGCGGGCCACAGGGCAAAAUCGCCAUAGGCCAAGGUGCAUAUAGAAAACAAAGGAGCAUUAAGCCCAAUCUAUGUCGUGUUUUCGAGGAAGAAAACGGAAAUGUGUAGUCGAGCUUUUUUGUACCCUGAAGUGUUUUUUUUAUUGCCCUAAGUGAUUUCCACAGGUUCUGGAAUAACUCUUACAGCUUUGCCUUGCGCCCUCCUCUUUCGUGUGGGCUUUAAAAAAAAAAAAAAAAUCAAACCCACAUAUUAAAAGGGGGCUUUUUAUCUGCCAUCUAAUGGCUUCAGAGCGAUAAUACACUAUUAUCUUCUUAAACCAGGAAAGGGGGGGGAUUUUUCAGAAAAAUUAAAAAAGAAAGUUUUUGUAGCUGUUCAGUUGCCACUAAGAGAUUGCACAGUCAAACCGACUCUAAACACACUAGUUUGGAUUCCUAAAUAUUUUCAAGAAAAGAAUCUUCUCGUUUGAAACUUUGAAUUAAAAUAAAACACAUUUACUCCACAUAUUUUUUAACAAAAAGAGAAGUCACAUCAGGAAAAUAUCUGAUUUUGUGGUAGCUGACGUAGUGUUUUCUUGUACGUGAAUAGAAUCCUGACAUGUAGUGCACAUUGAUCCAUAGCUUUAACUGACUCUGGGCUUUUGCUGACCAGGGUCUGUUUAAUACACUCCAUUCUAGGCCAAAUCAGGACAAAAAGAAAAGAUCCGAAUCUAGGUAUUUUAUAAUCUGCUUUUUAACCUCUAACCGCAGAGCACGCUGAUCAGACCUCAUAUCUCGGAGGUUUAGGAGACAAGUUAGAACUGUAGCAUGUACCCAUUCAUUUUGUUUAAUUUAUGGUGUCUACGUCUGUGUUAGUGCGUCUGCACAUGUGUGAGCAUUUAAAGAAAGGAGGAAAGAGUAGGCCGCUAAGAGCGCAGCAGACAGUUCUGGGGCCAAGCGGGGCCCACCCUCUUAGACAGCAGCCUUUCCUUGGCACAGAAGGCACCACACCUCACACCACUCUCCCGGGCGCCUGAUGGACUGAGCCCCACCAGGGGACGCCGCUCCCUGGGCCUGGGCAGGGCUCGCGAGCACUCUCUCUUUCCCUUUCUUCCCACCACAAGCACUGAUGACUGUUGACGUCGUGGGAAGCUUCCUUCCCUGCAGAAGAGAAAACGUGGCAGUCUGGGCACUGCUCCCACCCCUGUAGAGACGGCCCAAACUCACACCAAAACGUUGAUGCUCUUCACCUCCAAACCAGACUAUUGGCCCUUCAUUCAUUUUGCCUCUUGGAACAUUUUUUUAUGCAGUCUUUUACUUAGUCUUUUAGGGCAGUCUAAGUACAAAUCAAAAAGUCUAACUUGUCUCUGAUUCCUCCUUUGUCUAUGUGUAUAUGCGUGAGAAUAGAGGUGGAUGAGAGCGUGCGUGUGUGCGUGUGUGCAAUUUUAUACGUCUGUGUAUUUUCUUAAGUACCUGUGCACACAUAGAGUGCAUUACUGCCACCUUUUUUCAAUAAGCUGUUUUAUCAGUUAUGGCUUCUACAAGUUUGCUAAUUUAGACUCCUUUAUUGCCAUAUCUUUAAACUAACAAUAGAUGAUUUCGGUAUAUAUAUAUAUUUUUUUUUGCUUAUUUAUAGGUGCUGUAUUUUAUUAUCUGAUUGUUAGGAAGGGAUGAAAGGGGCAAAUAUUCUUUAGAGGGAUAGACUGCCGGCAGUAUUGGGUAUAAUUUACAAGAUGUAGUUGUCAUACUGUAUAUUACUGAUUGAAAACUUUUUGACCGUAUUGUGUAUCAUUGAAACCUUUGUCUUAGGUCAACAUCUUUGGAUGACAUUUUAAUGGUGCAUUCAUUAUUUCUUAAGUUUAAUUAAUAUUAUCUUUUUUGAUUUUGGGGGGUGGGAGGGAGUUAUAAUUUUAGAGGUAUGCUCCCGCUAUUACACCUCAGUGUGCUUGUAUUAAUUACCUUGUAGGACUUUGACUGUAAGAUGUGAAACCACAUUUCUUGCAUGACGUUUUAGAAAUUAUAUAUUUCAUUUACAGUCUUUUAACCUGCAACUGCAGCACUUAGUUCAAGUUUUCACAAAUUUAAGAGUCACUACACUAAAGACAAUGCCUUUUCAUGAAUGAGAAGUUUUCAGAAGGCUCUAGGAGGCUGAGAGGCAGGCCGUUUGUCUUUUGAUGGUUGCAUCGUCUCUGAACUUGAAAUCUGGUUCAGCGAGAAGAGAAUUCAAGAUGGAGGAGCUUAAGGGGAAACAGAUUAACAUCUGGCUCAAUUCAGGUACUUUAAGAAGAGCGAGUUUGCAUUAGUGACCCUUAGGACAGUGAGUAGCAGAGCCCCUGACAGUACUGUGGUGUCCUCUCCACAAAAACCUCGAGGGAAUUUCGUCAUCAUGUGUGAUGAAUCACUAAAUAUCUGAUUUUCAUCAGAAUCAAAAGCAGGGAGUUAACAGGAAAUAUUAGGGUAGUGUUUUAGUUUUAAAGGCAUGACUGUUAUUUACAGAGGUGUUAAAUCGAGGAAACUGAAAAAGUAUAAAUUUGUCUAUCCUAGUGGCCAAAUAGUAACAGUCUAAAACAGCCAUUUUGGCUCUUCCAAGCAAUUUAGUCAUUUUUGUUGUUGUUGUUGUUGUUGUUUCAGCUAGGUUAUUGUUGAUUUCCAUUCUGUCUUUUUUGCCAGACUUACAUCUGGGUGCUCGAUACAAUCAGUUGGUUAAAUUUUGCUUGCAGUUCAGUGUUUGUAUUAUUUCUCUAUUUAUUUUUUUUAUUACAAUCCCAACCCUAUGCUCUUUUGUGUUAAGCUAUCACUGUCUGUAAUACUUCUAAGAGCUGCCACUAAAUGACAGAAAUCUGUCGGCAGGGGGAAGCGCCCCCCUCCUCGUUGCGCCCCUGAAUUUGAGUCCAAGGGUUGAUCUCGCAUUUUGAUAAGCAAUAUCCAAGUGCCUUGAACAGCGUCCUCUCCGUGGCGUUCCAAGCAGUCCUCCCGCAGGCAGCCGACCUCCUCCUCUUUCUGCUCCAUCAGUUUAAAAAGCUGAUUUGUACCUCUCCCCUGGGGAAAACGGUUCCGUAUAAAACAUUAACACUUAAUUACAAGCUCCAUUAUACCAUUUUAAAUGGCUUCUUUUUGUUAAUUGGAGGCAGUGUUCAUAACUUAAGGUUUCUGCCAUUACUUAGCUGGCUAAGUGGAGGCUCCACAUAAAAUCUGUGUUCGCGAUCAGCCUCUUGCCCCUUGGUUCCUGCCCACACUCUCCUAUGGUGUCUGAGGUGGAAAGUUGGUGGGUUCUGACCUAGACCCGUGCCCGCUCGCUUCCACUGCCCGGCUCCCAGGUCAGCUCCUCCCUUGAACUUCCUGAUCACUCAAAUGUGUGUGAUUUCUGUCCGCCAGUCUGCUCCUCUUUAGAAAGGAUUGCCACAGCCGUUUAGCUCGACUCAAUUAUUCUCAGAGCCGACCUGUCUGAGGAAUACCACAACGUGAGGUGGCUUAUGGUUAGUAGACUGCCCGGGAUGUAGGCGUGGGAGAAGUCUCAGGAAAUGCCAGGAUCUUGACUCGUGUGACUACUAUCAAACCCUGGCUGCUGUGUCUGGUAAAAUACCUGAGGCAGACUGAGCAAAAAGAUAAUCAUUCAUAGCCUCCCUUUACUUCCAAAGCACAAAUGCCUCCCUGCCCAGGCUCCUUCCUGUUGGUGUCUUUGUUCUCUCCCCAUUUAAAAACCAUCCUGACUAAUGUGGACAUUCAGGUUUGCUAGUUGGUGGUCCAGACCCAGAGUGCUACGGAGCUUUGGGCUAAAUGUUCCUCCGUGCUCUCUCUGGCCGUGAGAGACCCUCCCCACCUACACCCACCCCUGGGUCCAGCUGGCCAGCUCCUGAAGGAAGGAAAACCCCAUCUGCCUCCCUGGCCAGGGCACAUCAGUUGUGCAGCUCAUGAGCAAACGAAGCAGAGGCAGGUUGUAGUUUAAUCCCAGGGAGACCUCUGGUGUCGGCUGACUCCUAAGAUCACUCGGCAGACAUGCCCUGAGACGCUGGAGCGAGAGUCUCCGGACAGCUCAGUCUGCAGGAGGGUGCUCUCCCAGCUAAAGCUGGACUGGGUGUUUUCUGUUCCUCCUGAACUCGUGUCCUUUCAUGUGGUGAUCAAUGAACUCUAUUGACAGUCUAUGCAAUGUUUUUCAUUCCUCUGAUUUUAGAGAAACAAACCUCACUGAAACCAGCAGAGGAAGUAUGCGCACGUCCUUUGGGAUUAGCUCCGAGUGGAACAGUGAUAGACUUACUAGACCUGGGGGACAGUAGCCUUUGCCUUAAAUACACUAUAUGACAGGCACCUCUCAACAGGCCUAUAAAAACAAGAGUGCCUGUAGCCAUCCCAGGCCCCUGCUUUCAGAGGCCCGUAAGCCAGCUGUGCGGGUGAAAUACCGUGUUUCCCCAAAAAGAAGACCUAGCCGGAC